AUGGCUGCGCCAAAUAUGAAUGCAAAUGAAUUGGAUGCACUUGCGGUUAGUUUUUUUUAAUGUGUUUUAAAAAUUUUGUGGAUUUUUAGGCUUUGUUUUUGGGUGGUGCGAAUUCUUCGGAAGAAAGUCCAAUGCAAAUAAUGUUGAACGAAUACGAGCAAUUAAACCAGGAGGAUUGUGAGAAAAUUGGAAUUGUGAGUUUGAAUUGCAAAUAAAUAGGUUGAAAGGAAUUUGAAAUUCUUAGGUUUUUGUUUUUUUAGAAUUGCGAAGACCGUGCAAUCUACAAAAUCCUUCAUGGCUACGGUUUCCUGUUUAUUUUCUUCCUCGCAAUUUUCGGAAAUUUCAUCAACCUAUUAAUCUACAAUACUGAUCAUAUCAAGUAUUACAUCGCAAUUCGAAUGUUAUGCAGUCGGCUAUUCGUGAAUUCAGCAACCCUUGUUUGCAUGUUACCAGGAGCUCUUCGAAUUAUCGAAGUCUGGGAAUAUGGGUCCAAUUUCGAUUUCAGAUAUUGGGAUUUUUAUCGUUAUCAGAUUUAUUUGAUAAACUUUUUCGGAUUCUGUGCAAUGUGGCUGACUGUUAUGAUGACUGCCGAAUGUUAUCUUCACGUUUUCUUUCCAUCGCAUUCAAAAUCGCUGCUGACAAAGAGAAAUCUCUCCAAGUGAGUUGAAAAAAAAACAUUUUUCAAGCUCGAUCUUGAUUUCACCAGCUUCUUCUACAUACAGGGUGCGCCAUAAAUACCCGGACAGCUAUAAUUCAAUAUAUUUUUCCAAAAUAGAACAGUUUUUUGUGUAUGGUUUUAAAAAUACUUAAUUAGGUCCCUAACGAGUAAAUUAAAAUCAAACUCUCUUAAUUUGGUCAAUUCUACGAGUCGGGAGAACAUGUAAUUCUACGAGUCGGGAGAACAUCCUUCAGGGAAAAUUUCAUCACGGCACGCAGAACAAUGAAAAAGUGGUCUCGCUAUUUUUGGAUGAAAUUAUUUUUAUUGCGAAGGCUUCAUUUGAGUUGUAAAAUGUUUGAGGGGUUGUCUGAGAGUCCCAAGAAGCCAACAAAAAAUAUAUAUAUGUCCACCAUGUCUCACACCAAGUUCGGGUGGAGGUUUUUGGAACUGUCUGCUUGUUUGGAAGAAAUCUUUGAUUUCCCUCGAAAUGUGGGUCGAAACCGGAAUUAAAGUUGAUAUAAAUGUAAUCCUGGGCUGACAUUUGUACCUAAAGACAAAACUCAACCUCGAUAAAAAACAUCAAGUGCUCUAGCCAAUCACAGUACACAAUAAGAGAUAAAAUCUCCCGAAAUCGCUGCUGAGAAACAAUUUUUUCGAUUUGAGCAACGUUUUUAAAUUGAUAUUAUUUUUGUCAGAAACAAACCCAUUGCAUAAUUCCUUCUGAAUUAGUUAUCGGAUAGGGUCCAGGUAAACCAACAAAGAAGAUAUUCAGCUAUACAGAAGCUAGUUUUCAAGUAUUGGGACAAUAUGUCCGACAAAUGCCUGCGUGCCGUGAUGCAAUUUUCCCUGAAGUUCUACAUGUUCUCCCGACUCGUAGAAUUGAUCAAAUUAAGAGAGUUUGAUUUUAAUUUACUCGUUAGGGGCCUAAUUGAGUAUUUUUAAAACCAUACACAAAAAACUGUUCUAUUUUGGGAAAAUAUAUUGAAUAAAUAGCUGUCCGGGUAUUUAUGGCGCACCCUGUACAUAUGAAGUCACAAAUAUGUUUUCAGAAGUUAUUUCAUCAUAAUUGCGGUUGGCGCAAUUUUGGAACUCAUGUACUUCAACAGAACAAUUGAUGUUGUUAUAACUUGUGAUCAAUACAUUUUUCAAAUCGUUGCAUCCGAAGACGAUUUUAUGAUUCUUCUCGAAAAAGUCCACACAAUCGCAAACCUCAUUCUCUCGAUUAUUUUGCCAAUGAGUAUUUUAUGUUUCAUGGCUUUCAGUAUUUUAUGGAGGCUUGUACUGCGGCGAACCGAGUUCAAUUCUCAUUUUACGUGGGUUUCUGACUAGUGCCAAAUUAUAUACUAAGCUAGGAUAAUAAAAACUAAUUACAGGUCAGAGAAACGGUGUGUCACUCGAAUCACUUUAAUUACAACUGGCUUGCAGGUUUUUUGAAUCAAAUGUUGAUUUGCUAAGUCAUCACUUUGAUUUUUCAGCUUGUUGCCGAACUUCCACCAAUUCCAGUUUUCAUUUACGCAGCAAUUUUUGGACCGGAAGUCACAAAUCAAUCGAUUCUUUGUAUUUGGAAUACAAUUGCAGUUUUUCUGGGAUUGUGCAAUAUUUCUUUGUCGUUUUUUGUUUAUCUCGUUUUUUCGGAUAAAUUCAGAGAAUUGGCAAAGAAGUGAGUUAGAAAAAUUUGUCGUUCGGAGGUUUUAAUCUAUAAUCUGCGAGACCUCAAAAUGUUCACCCCUUGGAAAUUUCCUCUAACUUAUUUUCAAAAUUAAUUUCUCCAAUUGCAGAAAAAUAUCUGGAUUAUUCAACUGUUGCUGCUGUUCUUCAAACAAAUCACUAGUUCAUUUCGAAGAUCCCCAUCAACAAAUCGACCCGAAAAUUACAACAACUCUGAUCUCAAAAGAAUUACAACUUCCAAAAAGUUCAACAAUCGAAUCAUCGAUUUCAACAGAAACAUAUCUACUUGCCGAAAGAGGGGAAGAUUCAUUUUUAUAA